AUGUCAAUGCACAAGAAAACAAUAGAAAUAAUACAAAAGGAAAAUUUUAAUCAAUGGAAUGAGGAAGAAUUGGAAAGAAAUUUAUGUAUUUCACAUAUAUAUACAAAAUCAAAAGAGUUUUCUAUUGAUAUUUAUGAACAAGAAAAUAGUGAUAAAUCAAAUAAAGAUAUAAAUAAUAUAUCUUCAAUUACUUUGAGUAAUGAUCAAAUAUUAAGAUCUUUAAGUACAAUGAAGAAAGAGAUUAAUAAUAAGGAUAAUAAAAUUACAAGAAAUUUUCUUACAUCAAAUUUUAUAUCAUCUGAUAUUCUAGAUUCAGAUGACAUUUUUUUUAAUAAUGAAAUAAUCGAAACUAUGAAGGCUUUGUAUUAUUUUAAUUUAUCUAAAAUUGUGAUGUUUUUACAUAAAAUUCACUUGAGAAAAAGAUUAAAUAAAAAAUCAUAUAUGAGUUGUAUUGUAUCAAUAAUUAUUUUAUUUCUUCAGCCUGUAAAUACAACUCAGAGAAUAUGUUCUAGUAGAUUAUCUUUUUUGUGUAACAGUCUUAGUACGAUGUGUGAUACGAAUGCUAAUGCUGAAGGUAGAUCUACGUUUUGUACUAUCAUAAAAGAUCAAUGUAAAGGUAUUCCUAGAAGGCAUGUUGUUGACUUAGGAUUACAUGAUGUUCUUGAUGAAUUAAUUGAGGGGCCAACUAUCACAGCCAUUAUAGCUUUUAUUUUCUUCCUUUUUUUAAUUUAUAUUGUAAUGAAUAAUAUUAUAAAUAUAUGCAUUCUUCUAUUUUAA